GUUUUUGCUUACGGUGUUGCUCCAUGUAUGGGGCUCUCUGACGUGAAUCUUUAUGGCCUCUGAUGCUGUACGACUUGCCGCCGGGCAAAUUUUAUGUGGCUUACCUGUGGUUUGUUUAGCUAGGCCAGCCAGCAAAGUACCUCAACACCUAGUAGAACGUGUGAAAUACCUGUAUGUUUCAGCCUCCCGUGUAGUUAUCUCGGGUUUUAGCUCUCUGUGGAUGUGAGUGCCGAGUAGGCUUGUUUGCUUCGAAGUCUGCCGUGUCUCUUUCGCUUGUUGGAGCUAGACAGAGAAAUUAGAGAAGGGAGAUAAAGGUGAGAGUUUGGUAAUGCGGGGGAUCACAACAUAAUCUCAUCUCGUGAACCUGUUUCACUGUUGGACUGUUUGGUUAGCCGCUCUCCGUAUGAAUUAUGUCCUGAUUUCUUACAAAGUUUAGGAUCAGGAAGUACAGUGUAGCAAAUAGGUACAGAUUUCAGCCAUCGCAAACUAAGCACAAAACAGACGCAUGUUGCGGUUGAAACUGAAGCGAAAGCCCGUCGAACACAAAGUAUACUGUGACAUCAUAUCAGAUUCUCCUUCAGUAUUUUUUACCAAGUGCAUCAAAAUCUAGAAUAUACCUGUGCGUAUAUAUACACGGCCUGCAGAAGAGAACGAGGAGACUCAGCAGUCAAAGUCUUCCUCCCAGGAGAAAUAGUCAACCGCAAUCCGCCGAACGUUCUUGACUCCACGGGCGACUCUUCCUCUUCCUCUCACUCUCACGAAUCAAUAGCCUUAGCCCACAUCUUCCUCCCCACUUCCGUUACCCGGCCCUGAAGCCAUGGACGGCGUGUACGAAGCGCUGGUCGUGACCGUGGCUGCCUUCGUAGGCAUCUCCGUACCCUGCCUCCUCGUCGCCUUCCUCUGCCGCCACCGCAAGAACCGCCUCCUCGAGCCGGACCACCGCUGCUCGUCGUCGUCGUCCCUCCCAAUCUCCGCCCCGGUCGGGAUAUCGUCGGAGCUCUCCUCGUCGUGGUCUCUGUACGGAUCGGCCGUCGACUCCUCCCUCAAGAAGCUCUCGCUCGACGACCUCGCCAGGGCCACCGGCGAAUUCUCCCCGGACAACAUCAUCGGCGACGGCAGCUUCGGGUUCGUGUACCGCGCCGUGCUCCCGGACGGCGGACCGGCGGUGGCCGUCAAGCGCCUCUCCGCGGACCACGCCGCCGGCGCCGGCAACCGCGAGUUCCGCGCCGAGCUGGAGGUGCUCGGCAGCCUCAGCCACCGCAACCUUGCGCGCCUGCUCGGCUACUGCGCCGCCGGGCGCGACCGCCUCCUCGUCUACGAGCUCCUCGAGCGAGGCAGCCUCGACGCCUGGCUGCACGGCGACGCCGCCUCGGCCGGUGGCUCGCUCCCGUGGCCCGCGCGCCUCCGCGUCACCCGCGGCGCAGCGGCCGCGCUCGCCUUCCUGCACCACGACCGCCACCCGCCCGUGCUCCACCGCGACGUCAAGUCCAGCAACGUGCUACUCGACGAGGGGUUCGAGGCCAAGCUCGCCGAUUUCGGCCAUGCGAGGGUUGUCACCGGCGGUCCUGCCGCGUCGCAGCUCAGCACGCAGGCCGCCGGCACAGCGGGGUACAUGGCACCAGAGAUACGUGAAGGCGUGGGAGCAAGCGUGAAAGCAGAUGUGUACAGUUUUGGCGUGCUAAUGAUGGAGACAGUGACCGGUCGACGACCAAGCUGGCCAAUGAAGAACAUUAGAGGUAAGGAGGUAGAACUAUUGAAAUGGGCAAGGGAAAAGGUUGAGGCCGACAUAUCCUCGGAGAUUGCGGAUCAUCGAAUGGGUUUAGAAGGGGAAAAGGAAACAAAGGAGGUGAAAACUUUCUUAGACAUCGCACAAAGUUGCACAGAGGAGUCUCCUAAGUAUCGACCGACAAUGAAAGAGGUGGUAGAGAGGCUCAAUAGGCUGUGAAAGUCUCAAAUCAAAUGUUCUCUCUAAUGAAGAUUGAAUGGCAACAAGAAAAGCUCAGUGGAUUGACUAUGCCAUGAUCAGUUUGAGUUCCCCUACUAUAAUGUAUAGGUCUUCUGCUAGUACUUAGUUUGUUUUACAAAUUGUGCGUACUUUGUGUAUGAGGAGCUGAUGACAUGUGUGAAAAACACAUAUGUAUUUCGAGUUGUA